CCCGGCCCCUGCCGCGGGCCCGGGACAGAUGUCCUUUACCUUCGCCUCUCCCACACAGGUUUUUUUCAAUGGCGCCAACGUCAGGCAGGUGGAUGUGCCCACGCAGACAGGGGCCUUUGGAAUCCUGGCGGCCCACGUGCCCACCCUGCAGGUCCUGCGGCCAGGGUUGGUCGUUGUCCACGCUGAGGAUGGCACCACCUCCAAAUACUUCGUGAGCAGCGGCUCUGUGACAGUGAACGCUGAUUCGUCAGUGCAGUUACUGGCCGAAGAGGCUGUGACGUUGGACAUGCUGGACCUGGGGGCGGCCAAGGCAAACUUGGAGAAAGCACAGGCGGAGCUGUCGGGGGCGGCGGACGAGGCUGCCCGGGCCGAGAUCCAGAUCCGCAUCGAGGCCAGCGAGGCGCUGGUGAAGGCCCUGGAGUAGGCGGCUGCGCCUCUCACCCCCUCGGGGACGGGGCUCGGGCACCCCCUCUUGCCUGUGAGGGGGUGCUCUGGGCAGGGAGAGCCGGCUCGCUGGGGUUCACUGUGACCAGGGGUGAGGACGGCCCAUGGGGGGGGUCGUCAUUUCAAGGAGACCGGCAGGGGGCAGUGUAGUGCCACCUCUGCUCUUGGGGUGACAGAAACUCCCGGGGCUCACCUCUCGCCUCCCAAGUUCCCGCCAGCGUGAUCUGCUGCCCACCGUUUCCAUUCUUGCAGACUGUGCAGCAGUGACUUGUCCCUAGCUGCUGCUUACAGAUAGCCUGGCCUUGGUCACACCCCAUUAAAGACCAGGGUCCCCACUCA